ACCGAGGACCUUAGGGCCCUCUUGUAUCACCGGCGUCAAAUGUAUCUGAGGGUCCGCGAACUGGCCGACCAUCCUUCUGUGAUAGGUUUCUCUAGGAGGCAAAGAACGAUAGUAAUGUCGCCGGACCAGUAUGCAUCCCAUAUUCAGGCUUUCCCGGAAGACGAACAGUUGAUCAACAAAGAAAUCUCACACUUCUUGACGAUGUAUAUGCUCUUCGGCGGGGGUGUGAUGCCUGGUUCGCGUAGAAGACGACGACAGUCAGCGAAUCAAAGGGGUACAGAGGCGACCUCUAUGAAUCAUCCAGAUAAUGACGAGGACGAAGACGAUGACGAUUUCAUGCCCCCCAUGCCUAGACGUUCGAACAGAAAUACAGGAGAAAGUUCUAGGAACACUGCAAGAGGACGUUCACGCACAACAUCGAGAUGCCAUACAACUGAUAGGGAAAUAGGACGUGGUACCACCUCGGAGAAACCUCAAGAUGAAGACGACGACGACGAUUUCAUGCCACAACGACCCCGCCCUCCGAGGCUUCCAUCUCCGGAGGACACCGAUGACCCUGAAAAUGAUGAUGGAUUUGCUCGUACUCAUUUUUACAACUUCCCAGAACCACCUCGGAGACGACAACCAUCUUACCCGGAUAGCUUUGACCAUCGCACCUGGAAUUCUUAUGCUAAUUUGCGUCGCCACUUUCCUUCGCCCUAAGCAUCUAUUGUAACCCUAUAUAUUUUAUUCCCUUAAGG